AAAUUAUUGUUUAUUUCAUUCUUUAUUACUCCUAUUAUUUUUUGUCAUGUUCUUUAUUCCGUCAGGCAAAAGUAGGAAAAGCAUGAACAUCCAUUUGAAAGAAAAAUGCUCUCUCUGGCAGGAAAAGACCCUCUCGAGAAAGUUCCACAACAAACACGAGCCUAACUCAGGCCGUGCUUGCGGCUACUCCGGCGAUUUUCCGACGACCGGGUAAGGUGAUUUGGGAUCGUCUCGGACAGAGAAACACGAUCAAGGGUCAGAUCUCGAGCGCCAGGAGAUGUGGAAGAGGGCCGAGCUCAAAGCCGUCGUCUGAGCUCGGGCGGGCAUGGGAGCAGGUGAAGGAGCAGCUGAAACGUGGGAAGUUAAUCUAAUCUGAUGAGGAUGCUUUGAUGAAUUGUAAGUGUAGUACAGAUAAAUAGUAAAAUAAUGGUUAAUGUGAUGAACAGUGCCUCGCGGGAAGAAACGAGGCACCGUAGCAAAGUUACAUAAAUUGGGAAGUAGCGAGGGAGGGAGGGAGUGAAGCUGAUGCAGGAGAGUUUCUUCGAUUUUGCUCUUUAUUUGUAACUUUUGAUGGAGAGGUAGCGAUUGAGAUGCGGAUGCUCUUAUCUCAAAACAAAAAAAACAAUUACUGGUAGAAAGGUGAACUGCAGAGAGGUUUAUUUCUCAGGAUCAAGUUUCAAGAUUGAUCAAGAAGGGACUACUAUCGUUUUGAAUAUAAGUGAAGAUCCAAUGAAAAACGUGCUAGUCAAACCACACUUUAUGGAGGAACGAGGUCCACAUCACCCGGUAUCUUUCUUUAAUCCAAACAAGUUCUUCAACUGGAUGCAAAAUAAGUUCAAUGGUGUACAAGGGAGUACUAGUACAGCAAAACCAAAUAAUCCGGUUCCUGCUCCUCGGCAUCCGAAACAUGAGCCUCCAAAAGAAGAAUUCAGCGACUGGCCUCACGGUUUGCUAGCUAUUGGAACAUUUGGAAACCAAAAUACUAAUCAAACCUCAGAUCAAAGGCAGCAAAAUCCUCAACAACAUCAAAGCCCAUCUUCAUCCGACGAAGACGAACUAGCAGAUUUCACACCGGAAGAAGUUGGAAAGCUCCAGAAAGAACUAACAAAGCUAUUACGACGAAAACCCGCUCCGGCGACCACCAAAGUAGAAGGAGACAUCCAAAAUGCUGCAGACCUCCCAUUGGAUAGAUUCCUCAACUGUCCAUCAAGUUUGGAGGUUAGCCGGCGGAUUUCGACCGCAGGUUGCAGCGUCUCUGGGAAUAAAGAUGAUGAAGACAUCGACAGAACUAUAAGAGUGAUAAUUGAUCGGUGCAAAGACGUUUGCAUGGAGAAGAACAGAAAGGCACUUGGGAAGAAAUCUGUUUCUUUCCUUUUUAAGAAGUUUGUUUGCAGUAGUGGGUUUGGACCUUCUCCCAGUUUGAGAGAUACGUUUCAAGAAUCAAGGAUGGAGAAGCUUUUGAGGACAAUGCUCUCAAAGAAGAUGUACCCACAGAAUUGUUCUAGGGCAUCAUCAGUAAAGAAAAUUUUGGAGGAUAGGCCAACUCCGAAGAUGAUAAAGGGCAAAGAAGAAGAAGAAGAAAAACGGAAGAAGACAAGUGAUGGUUCUAAGUGGGUCAGGACUGAUUCUGACUAUAUUGUUCUAGAGAUCUAGAGAUGUGGUUUCUUCUUGUCCUCUAAAUUUGCAUAUAAAGAAAAGGUCUGUUUUUUUAGCUCCAACGAAAUAAGAGAGGUAAUGGUUGGGAUCAUGGCCAGAGUUGAAGUUUCCAAGGCAAAAAAAUGGGUAAUACCAAUAAAAACCUAUCUCAGAUGGCCAAUGAAGUGACCACAUGCCAAUGCCAAAUUGUGUGAAAUUUGAAGCCUGCAGCUGCUGCUUAAAUUCUUCUUCCUUUUUUUUUUCUUUUUUUUUUUUGUGUGGAGGGUAUGGAGUACUCCCUUUUUUCAUGGUUGUAUCUUUAAUCUGUACGUCAGAGAGCUACAACACAUGUAGUAAUGUAAUUGCAUUUGCU